GGAGCGGCGGCGAAGGCGGAGUUGGUGCCGGAGCCGAGAAAGAGGCGGAGGCACCCGCGAAGGUUUUGGCGGGGUGGGAGGGGAAAGGACAGGCGGUGGGCGGGAGCCAGUCAGCCAGCGCGACGCCCGUCGGUCCGUCCCGACGUGAAACCUUCCCCUCAUGUGAAUGUGAGGAGAGGGGGUUCACACCCCCUGCGCUGCCUCUGUCGCCCACCCCCCACCCCAACCCCUGUAGCCGUGAGAACAAGAGGGAGGGAGGGAGCGAGGGCCCCCCCCGCCCUUCACCGCCGCCGCCGCCUUGGCCCAGUCCCGCCUUCCCAGUGCCGGCGGCGGCGCCCAGGUGCGGAGUCCAGACCCAGCAGCAAUGGCGUCCAACGCGGCGGAGAGGGAGAUCUUCCUCACUGACCUGGAGCAGGUAAUCAUGGGGGAUGCACGGAAUAUUAUUGUCUCUGACAACGCAACCAUUGGACAAAAAUUUGAUUGUACAGACACAAUGGUACAACAGAAAUUGGAUGAAGUAAAGGACCAAAUUAAACGAGAAAUAAGGAAGGAACUUAAAAUCAAGGAAGGAGCAGAAAACCUCAGGAAAGUCACUACAGAUAAAAAAAACUUAGCUUAUGUAGACAAUAUUUUGAAAAAAUCAAACAAGAAAUUAGAAGAAUUGCAUCAUAAACUACAGGAAUUAAAUGCUCAUAUUGUUGUAACGGAAACAGAAGAUGUUACAGAUUGUCCCAGAACUCCAGAUACACCAAACAGUGAUCCUCGUUUUCCUACUAACAACAGGUUGACGGCAUUAAAAAAACAGUUGAAUAUAGAAUUGAAAGUAAAACAAGGGGCAGAGAAUAUGAUCCAGAUGUAUUCAAAUGGUCCUUCAAAGGAUAGAAAGCUUCUUGCAACAGCUCAACAGAUGCUUCAGGACAGCAAGACAAAAAUUGAAGUUAUAAGGAUGCAGAUUCUUCAGGCAGUCCAGACGAAUGAAUUGGCUUUUGAUAAUGCAAAGCCUGUGAUAAGCCCCCUUGAGCUUCGAAUGGAGGAAUUGCGGCAUCAUUUUAGGAUAGAGUACGCAGUAGCAGAAGGAGCAAAAAAUGUUAUGAAGUUGCUUGGUUCUGGCAAGGUUACUGACAGAAAGGCGCUGUCAGAGGCUCAAGCAAGAUUUAAUGAAUCAAGCCAGAAGCUGGACCUCUUAAAGUAUUCAUUAGAACAGAGACUGAAUGAACUCCCUAAAAACCAUCCUAAAAGUAGUAUUAUUAUAGAGGAGCUUUCACUUGUCUCAUCACCAACGCUAAGUCCAAGGCAAAGCACAAUAUCUACACAGAAUCAGUACAGUACGCUAUCCAAGCCAGCAGCUUUAACAGGCACAUUGGAAGUUAGACUUAUGGGUUGCCAAGAUAUUCUGGAGAAUGUCCCUGGUCGAUCAAAAGCUACAUCUGUUACUCUGCCGGGAUGGAGUCCGAGUGAAGCCAGAUCAUCUUUCAUGAGCCGAACGGGCAAAAGUAAAAGUGGGAGUAGCCGAAACCUUCUGAAAACAGAUGACUUGUCCAAUGAAGUCUGUGCUGUUUUGAAGUUGGACAAUACUGUAGUUGAUCAAACUAGCUGGAAGCCUAUUUCUAAUCAGUCAUGGGAUCAGAAAUUUACGCUGGAACUUGACAGAUCACGUGAAUUAGAAAUUUCUGUUUAUUGGCGUGAUUGGCGAUCUCUAUGUGCAGUGAAAUUUCUGAGGUUAGAAGAUUUCUUGGAUAACCAGCGCCAUGGAAUGUGUCUCUAUCUUGAGCCUCAGGGUACUUUGUUUGCAGAGGUUACAUUUUUUAAUCCAGUUAUUGAAAGAAGACCGAAACUUCAAAGGCAAAAGAAAAUCUUCUCCAAGCAACAAGGCAAAACAUUUCUCAGAGCUCCUCAAAUGAAUAUUAAUAUUGCCACUUGGGGGAGGUUGGUGAGGAGAGCUAUUCCUACAGUAAAUCAUACUGGUACCUUCAGCCCUCAAGCUUCUGUGCCUCCCUCAGGAUCAGUAGCCGAUACUCACAUUCCUGAAUUAGGGUCACCAACUAGCGACUGCCCUGUAGCCAAAUUGGUAUUUGACCUUGAACCUGAAUCCCAGCAGACUCCACCACGUGCACCUUCUCUUGGAGAAAUAAGUGAACCUUCUCCCGAGCCAAAGUCUCCACCUGUACCCUCUCAGGACACAGAAGCGUUUGAUUUUGAGAAUGACAGAAAUAAUUUUGUUCCCAAACUUCAGCCAGAAAUUAUUUGUGAGACUCAGAUUUCAAACUCAGAUUCAGAAUAUACGAUACGAGAGCCUGAAGACAAAAGAACACAGCAGAGGUUUCAGUUUAGUUUACAAGAUUUCCGAUGUUGUGCUGUACUGGGUAGAGGACACUUUGGAAAGGUCCUGUUGGCGGAGUAUAAAAAUACAAAUGAAAUGUUUGCCAUUAAAGCCUUAAAGAAAGGCGAUAUUGUGGCUCGUGAUGAAGUAGACAGCCUCAUGUGUGAAAAACGAAUUUUUGAAACUGUGAACAGUGUAAGGCAUCCCUUUCUGGUGAACCUCUUUGCCUGUUUCCAGACCAAAGAUCACGUGUGCUUUGUAAUGGAGUAUGCUGCUGGUGGGGAUCUCAUGAUGCAUAUUCACACUGAUGUCUUCUCUGAACCAAGAGCAGUAUUUUAUGCUGCAUGUGUGGUUCUUGGACUACAGUAUUUACAUGAACACAAGAUAGUUUAUAGGGAUUUAAAGCUAGACAAUUUGUUGCUGGAUACAGAAGGUUUUGUGAAAAUAGCUGACUUUGGCCUCUGCAAGGAGGGAAUGGGAUUUGGUGACCGAACAAGUACAUUCUGUGGCACUCCAGAAUUUCUUGCUCCAGAAGUAUUGACAGAAACAUCUUACACAAGAGCUGUAGACUGGUGGGGCCUUGGUGUGCUCAUCUAUGAAAUGCUUGUUGGUGAGUCUCCCUUCCCAGGAGAUGAUGAAGAAGAGGUUUUUGACAGUAUUGUAAAUGAUGAAGUAAGAUAUCCUCGAUUUCUUUCUACGGAAGCCAUCUCGAUAAUGAGAAGGCUUCUGAGGAGAAACCCAGAACGACGGCUUGGUGCUGGAGAGAAAGAUGCUGAGGAGGUCAAAAAGCAUCACUUUUUCCGGCUGAUUGAUUGGAAUGCAUUGCUUGCCAAAAAGGUGAAACCCCCAUUUGUACCCACCAUAAGAGGAAGAGAAGAUGUUAGCAAUUUCGAUGAUGAAUUUACCUCAGAAGCACCUAUUCUCACUCCACCCCGAGAGCCCAGGAUACUCUCGGAAGAUCAGCAGGAAAUGUUCAGAGACUUUGACUACAUUGCAGAUUGGUGUUAAUUUUUAGGCACUGUGAAGUUCUAGCAGACUUGUUCAUCAGAACACUAUUCUCCCACCUCCCUUCCUGAGAAUAUCACCAGCCUUUGGAUUGGUCUCUGUGCUGCCUGUAGCUUCUCAUUUUUGAAUCACAUGAAGAUACUUUUAAAGUACUGUUUUUAAUACACACAAGGUGUGGCCUCUUAUUUUUUUUUGGCUGUAUCUUUUUUAAAAAAAAAUCUUGAGCACUGGAAAGAAAUUGUGUGCAGUCUGGUGGGUACAAGCUGUGUUGCAUUCUUAUAUGAGCACACUUGCACUGUAUCUUCUACAGCAGAAAACAUCACAAAAAUCACCUGCCUUAAGAGGGAUGACAACCAGAAGCUAAGCUAGACAGAUAACCAUAUACUAAGGUGUUAAUGAAAGGCAAAAGCUGUUUGUUGGUCUUUAAAAAUGAAAAUUAUUGUAAUCUCUAAAAAUAUAUAGACAUAGAGACUGUUAAGCACACUGUUGACUUGAGUUUUUAAAAUAAUGAGGAUUAAGAACUGAUGCCUUGUUUUGUAAACUUUCUAUGGUAUUUAUUGGGGUGGGGGGGUGUUUAAAAGCCUUACCUAUGUAAAAACAGUAUAAGUGCUUCCAUUAAAGAAAAAGAAAAAAAAAAGAGGACCGGUCAUGAAAAGUUUACCAAAGUCACUUGCCAAACAAUUUUUGCCUUUUAACUUCUUUAAACACUAUUCAGAAAUAGCCAGCAAAUAUGAAGAAUGUAAAUGAGUAUGAAUGUCUCUUCAGUCUUAACCAGGAAUACUUCAAAUGUAUGCAUUUGCCCCCAAACGUAAUUUUAGCUUCAAACUCUUGGAAGUCAUGGAAUUUCAACAUUUAACUCCAUAGAUACACUGACUUACAAAAACAGUCUACUUAUCUCAUUCAUCUUGUAUUUGUUGAUUUUGUAUUAUCAUAUCAUCUUUAAAGAUGAGGAUUUUCAUUGGAUACAUGUAGUGUACAUGAGUAUUUGGAAUUUCUAGUAUAUUUUUGUUUCAAGCAGUACCACUUCCUUUAAAAUUUUCAUCUAGUGGCUAUAUGAAUGUAUUGUUAAAUCCAGAUUUAAUAGGGGAAAAUGUAUACAUCUUUUGGGCCACUGUACUCCAGAAUUUUCAUUGGCAGUUACUGAGAAGGGUGAAAGCAAUAUAUUCAAGAGAAUGUAUAAUUUUUUUUAUAAAACAUGUAUAUUUUAAGUAUCUUUAAUACUGUGCUGUACCUCAGAAGUUAAAAUGUAUUUGACCAGAUACUGUGUAUGCUCCUUACAGAUUUAUGUAGCUAUUUUGAAAUAUUCUGCAAUCCCAUUUUAUGUCUGUUUGUAAAACACAGUACUCCACUUACUUUAGUAUAUUAAAAUUGGUUUCUGCAUUCAGCCUCACACUUAGCCAAAAAUCAAGUAUCUGUGUGGGGUAUGAAAUCAUUGAGGCUAACUGCUCUUUUGGGAACUUUGUUCCAUGAAGGACAAAUAGCAGUCACUUAACCUUUCAUAGCCCAAGAUAUUUUUCCAACCAGUAAACUGUCAUUCGGCUUGAACAUGUUUUGCUGGGUUUUCAAUAUUUUUAGAGGCAUAUAAGAAUACAAAUUGUAAUAAUAUGCUGUAAAUUUGUCCACAUGAGACAAUGAGUAAAAUAGGUGAUCCUUUAAAAAUCAUGAGUACACCUAAUUGGUGGUCCUUUUAAAACAGCAUCCUCCAAAUACAGUAGAUUAUAGUAUUCUGGUAUUUUCCACUUCACAUAGCUAUAUCCUAAUUAAACACUAUACACCUGGGGUACAGUCUGCUUGCCCCCUUUGCUCCCAAAUUAGAACUACAGACAGCUGGGUCCCAAAUAGGUGCUUCACAUUUAAAGUCCUACAGAAAUAACUUUUGUAAGUACAUCUUGUACAGAAAUGUUUGUAAUCAAGUAAAUUAGAGGCAGGGUAUGUUCACACACUUAAGCUGAAAGAAAGCACUAAUUUUAUCUAGUUUUAAAAUAUUUAGGCAAAUCCAGAUUUUAAACUCUAGAUUGUAAAUAUAUUUUGCUAUACUUGUAUGUGGCUGCUGAAGCACUUUGUAAAGAAAUUAGGAUAUUUUAGAAUGGUACACUAUGCAUUAAAAUGAAAUGUGCCUUUAACAAUGUAAUGCUACAAACUGUCUUGCAGUUAACUAUCAAAUUAAAGUUUAAAUAGUGAAAUU